CCAUGGUUGUCGCAUGCGUUACCCUUUACCCUUUCGCUCCGAAGAUUUCAUUUCGUUCUCAGACGGAGCCUGGAGACAACCCGGCACAGUUGCGUGGCGGCAGGACGCUACAUACAUAUGGACGCUGAUUUCCGUGUCGAGUUUGACCGAACGCCCACCCACAGGCUUCUCUCUUAGAACUGUGCCCACCGAAACCAUACCAUAUUCAAGUUUACUACCACCUGUCUACUUAGACUGUCCGAGCUGCAAUGAACGACAUCAACAAAACAGCGGCCGAGGCGUUAGACCCCGAGUGGGCAGCGGAGAGCAACACUGCGCGGAUCUUGGCCGUUGUUACGACAUUCCACGUCCUAGCACUCUCGUUCGUCGGUCUACGGGUGUAUGCCAAAGUUCGGGUUCUCAGAGCGCCUGGAUUAGAUGAUCUCAUGAUACUUCUCUCUGCGCUCUGUGCUCUAGGAGGUUGGAUCAUCUUCGUCAUCCAGGCAAACUACGGCCUCGGGAAACACUAUGAGACGAUCGAAAAACAUGAUUACAUGGUGUUCCAGAAAGUCGGAUUCUGGCAGUCGAUCAUCUCUGCUGGCUUGGCCUUCAUGUGGCUCAAGAUUUCUAUUGCCAUCUACCUUCUGCGCCUCAGUAAGAACAUGAAGCAUAAAUGGUACAAAUGGGCUUUGUGGGUAAUGAUUGGUGUAACUUCCAUCUAUUGCAUUGGCGGCACGCUUCCUUUCUUCCUCAGAUGCCGCCCUAUGGAGGGCUACUGGGAUAAAACAAUCAAACCCACGCCGACGUGCAUGGACAUCAAGAUGUUCAUCGACUUUAGCAUCGUAAACACCGCUUUCAAUAUCGGUACCGAUGUUAUCUUCGCUACGCUGCCUAUUCCGAUCGUCUGGAGCCUCCAGAUGAAGCGCAGACCUCGGCUCUACGUCAUUGGAAUUUUGAGCCUAGGCUACAUCGCGGUUAUCAUGGGAAUUGUCAAAUCAACGUACCAGCUCGCGUUGGAUGUGGACAAGGACAAGACAUUCAACCAAAACAUCCAGUUCUGGGGCUUUCUGCAACUGCAACUCGGCAUCAUCGCGGCUUGUGCGCCGCCCUUGAAGCCGUUAUUCAGGAAAUUGCUCCGACUAUCCUCUCAUGAUGACAGCACAGAACAUCGGUAUGGUGAGCCAUCAUACCGAAGUGGACCAAACAUCGGCGGCCGUGAGGGUUCCGAAUUGGAGCUCAGAAAACUUCCUAGCGAAGAGUCGAUCCGUGAUGGCAUCAUAGUGACUACGGAUAUCAUACAAGACCAUGAAGGGCGAAGACAUGGUAAAAGUACGGAGAGCUCCAUCUUCCCGGGGCGGUAGUUCUCAAGGACAAUGUGUGAAGUAGAGACUUGGUGAACAAGUGCUAGUUAUAUAUUUGAUCGAAGUAGCUGCGUCCACACCUUUUCAGUUUGUCGAUAGAGUCAUGUCAGGUUGUCA